CUGCAGUUUGGUCGGAAUUACAUUCAGAGCCUUAAGCAGAAGCGGAAUCCUUUGCCAUGGGUUGUUUUUGGAACCUGUUUCUGCUGCAAUUGAUGCUUCUCUGUAUUGAGAUCACAGUCCAGCAAGUGAUCACAAACAACCAAACCAAUACAAGCAGUGGUUUUCAUGAUGAGCUGCUGCUGUCAGCUGAGACUGGAUUCGCUGAAGAAUAUGAACACUUCUAUCCAUAUGGGUACAGUUACGGAGAUACAUUCUUGAAUAGCACAGAAAAUGGGACUUCACCUGGGAUUCCUUUACCUGGGACAUUCCAGUUCUUUGAAAAUGGAUACAACAGUACAUUUAUAAAUAUCAACGGUGCCCUGACAUUUGAUUCUCCUUGGAUUGGUUACAUGCCUUGCCAAUUCCCAACCUAUGCUGACAGAAAUAUAAUUGCUCCUUUCUGGGCAUAUUUUGACACCACGUUUGGCGGUUUUGUGUCCUACCGUGGAGUGACCGGUGGGGACAUUCUAAACCAAACAACACAAGACGUCAACCAGUACUUCCCUGAUGUGUCCUUCAAUGCUACUUGGGCUUUUAUUGUCACAUGGUACAAUGUUACAUACUUCAAUGCAACAGGAACGGCAACUUUCCAAGUGACGUUGAUCUCAAAUGAAAAUCAGUCAUUUUUUGUGAUGAAUUACGGCAGAAUUGAUGCCCCACCUGGUUAUGAGGCUGGUUAUGACACCAAUGGUUCCAUGUAUUAUUUUUCUGUACCUGGGUCCUUGAGUGACAAUAGUACAGAGCUAUCAAACACAAGCAACACUGGUAUUUCAGGACGCUGGGUAUUCCGGACAGAUGUGCCACAAGGAUGUGAAACUGAGGGUUCAUUCCUUCCACUGGGUGCCUCCUUCUGGAAUGACAGCAGCUGUUUGGAGAGAUGCACCUGCACAACCUCUGGGCUCCAAUGUGAGGGCACCCCCUGCCUCUUCAACCAGACGUGCCAAUCAGUUUCUUUCAAAUACAGCUGUCAAGACGUGGUUUGUCCUCCCAAUAGCCACUUUGACUCUAACGCCACCGCAUGUCCAGCCACAUGCUUUGACCCACUAUCUCCAUAUAACUGCACAUUACCCCCCAUGGAGAACUGCACUUGUGACGAAGGGUAUGUCCUGGAUGCUGGGGAGUGUAUGCCUGUCCAGCAGUGUGGGUGCACGUUCCAGGAACAAUUCUACACUGUGGGAGAAACUGUCCUACUAGGAGACGAUUGCGGAGAGCAGUGUACCUGUACUAGCAGUGGAAUGACCUGUUUCAAUUACUCUUGCGAAUCACAGAAAGUGUGUUCAGUUCAGGGUGGACAGAGAGGUUGUUAUCCUGAAAAUGAUAGAAUCUGCACAGUGGGAGAAUAUAUGUACCGCACGUUUGAUGGCUUAGGUUUCCAUUAUCAAGGAGCCUGUGGACUGACACUGACCACUUUUACCAAUGGGACAAACCUGCCAGAUUUUGUGAUAUCAACUCAGAAGGUUCCUAGCGGUCCACAGGGAAACAAUUUCAACAGUAAUCUGAAAUUUGAAUCCAAUGGCACUGAUGUUUCUGUUACAUUGGGAAACAUCACAACAGUACAGGUGAAUGGGCAGACAGUUGGACUUCCUUUCUAUGGACAGUUUGGAAUGAUCAGUCUGUACCACAGCAGCAUCACGAGCAUCGUGUUGGAGACCAGUUUUGGUGUGUUUAUAAGAACACACUCGCCAUGGCUGGUACAAGUGACCAUCCCAAGCAAUUUUUCUGGAAUCUUUGUAGGAAUGUGUGGAAACGGCAACCAGGACAUAGAGGAUGAGCUUAUGACCGCGGGUGGCUACCUUGCCAACAGCACUGAAGAAUUCGGGGACAGCUGGCGUUUUGGGGCCUUGUCUGCAUUUUGUGUGGAGAGCAUAAAUUUUGAAAACAACACAGCAGGGAAUGUUAGCCAGUAUCUGUCAAAUAGCUCCUGUGGCAUCAUGUCUUUAAUUGAUGGGCCUUUUGGUGCCUGCUCUGCAUUUCUGAACCCAACAGAAAUGGUCAAUGAAUGCAUAGUUGCCAUGACUACAUCAGGAGGUGACCAUGCCGUUCUUUGUGAAGCCCUACACAACUACGCCUUGCUGUGUCAACAGAAUGGGUUUCCCAUUGGAGAAUGGAGGAACUACACUAACUGCGGUCUAAGCUGUCCACCAAACAGCCACUAUGAGCUCUGUGGAACCUCCUGCCCAGCUACUUGCCCCAAUCUCUCCUUCCCUUUCCCAUGCACACAGCCAUGCCAAGAAGGAUGUCAGUGUAACGAUGGGUUCGUGCUGAGUGGCAGCCAGUGUCUUAACCCUAGUGCCUGUGGCUGCUAUUAUAAUGGUCAAUACUACCAGAAUGGACAGAGCUUCUGGGAAGGAGAUGGGUGUCUCAACUACUGUACCUGCAAUGGUGACACUGGCAACACGUCUUGCGUACCCUCAUCAUGCAGCUCUUUGGAGUACUGCCAGAUUGUUAGUGGGGAAUAUGGUUGUUACCCACUGCCAUCAGGCAUUUGCUAUGCCGUUGGGGAUCCACACUAUUUCACAUUUGAUGGGUUCAUGUAUGACUUCCAAGGCACCUGUCGCUAUGUGCUCGCAUCCCUCUGCAAUGACACCAGUGGUCUGCAAGAUUUUCAAGUGGAAGCAAGGAAUGAGCCAUGGAUGGGCAUGACUGUGUCCAUUACUGUGGAGGUGUUCAUCAUGGUUUAUGGUUACCAAGUGGAUAUUAAAAGUGCUGAGUAUGGAAUAGUAUGGGUUGAUGGUGUGAGUAGAAGUCUACCAGUCUCCUUGAACAAUGGACGGGUUCUGAUAAACCAGAAUGGUGCGCAAACCAUUGUUAGUGUUGACUUUGGCUUGACAGUCAGCUACGAUGGCUACUAUUUUGCUUUCAUCAUACUACCCGCCAACUACAGAGGCAAGACCAGGGGUCUGUGUGGAAAUUUCAAUGGGGACCCCUUUGAUGACUUCAUUAGUCGCUCUGGAGAACUGCUGGGAUCUGCCAGCCAAUUUGGUGAUGACUGGAGAGUCCCUGGCAAUUAUACCUGUUCAAGCAGAGAACCCAAUAAUUUUUGUAGUGACCAGACCACCAUUGAGUCUAUGUGCCAAAUUCUGCAUUCAGCUGAAGGACCCUUCGCCUUCUGUAAUGAAUAUGUGGACCCAGAGCCCUACUUCAACUACUGUGUGUAUGACGGGUGUGUCUCAGCAAAUCAAGAUUCUGUCGUGUGUCAGAUUAUCCAGAAUUAUGUGGCUGUUUGCCAAGCUGCCAAUGCCCGAGUAUAUCCCUGGAGGGGGGCCACAGGAUGCGAGAUGGUGUGUCCAGCAAACUCCCACUAUGAGCUCUGUGGAUCGGAAUGUGGCCUCAGCUGCGGAAACAGCAACUUUAAUGCCACCUGCACACAGAGCUGCACUGAGGGCUGCUUCUGUGAUGAAGGUUAUUUCAGACAAGGCAGUUCCUGUGUCCCUACAGAACAGUGUGGCUGUCAGUUUGGUGGCUUCUCUUUUAAAAUUGGAGAGAAGUUCUGGAAUGAUGACUGCUCGCAGUACUGCACAUGCUUGUCGUCCCAAGAGGUGUAUUGUGAAGCGGUUGCCUGCACUCCUACUCAGGAAUGCACUAUCCGUGAUGGCCGACUAGGUUGCUUUGACUUUGACCCACUGUCUACCUGCACAGUGAGCGGGGAUCCCCACUACUACACUUUUGAUGGAGCACUUGCACACUUCCAGGGCACCUGCUCAUAUGAGAUCACCAAGACCUGUGGGAGUAACACCACUGAAGGCUUUCAGUUCCAGGUUGUAGCGACUAAUUGGCACCGUGGCAACAACCAAGUGUCAUUUGUCUCCAAAGUGUAUGUGUGGAUGUCCCAGGAUGGUGUACAGACAAACAUCACCAUUGAACAGGGUGGGAAAGUGCAGGUCAACGGUAGUGACUUCCCAGACUAUGGGCUCAUUGGGGAAUCGACUGAAGUGCAUGAAGACCAUGGCUUUGUGGUGCUGGACAUGCCCAACAACGUGAUGGUUCGCUUUGACGGCCGUAGCACUCUCUUUGUACGGCUCGGUCAGAACCUCCGAGGCUCUGUCUGCGGAAUGUGUGGAAAUUUCAAUGGAAAUCCAUUGGAUGACAAGGUUUCCCCAGAUGGGGUGCUUCUAGAAACAGAUGACGAAUUUGGUGAUUCAUGGAAGUCUAAUUACAGCCUCCCUAACUGUGGAGCUACUGACAAAAGGGGUGGAGGAUCAGAAGAUGACAAUUGCUCAUUAAGAGAGGAUUUCAAUAAAGCAUGCAGCAUCAUCCUGAACAUCACUGGCCCAUUCAGAAUCUGCCAGUUCUACAUUGACCCCACUCCCUAUUUCUCCUCCUGCGUAUAUGAUCUCUCCCACAACCAAUGGGCCAAUGGGAUGCUCUGCUCUGCAGUGGCAACCUAUGAAGCCGCGUGCAACCUCCUGGAUCUCGAGAUUCCAGAGUGGCGCUCAGAUUUGCUCUGCCCUCCGGAGGACCCCUGUGCUGGUCUGGACUGCACGGAGGAUGAAUGGUGCGGGGAGAACAACGGGGUCUACGGCUGCUUUUGCAAGGAGGGAAACAACAGCAGUGAUUUUGAUUCUGAAGAAACCUGUUUCAGCAGUUCUGGAACUAUGUCUCUGUCCCGGUGCCAGCUGUUUGAAGCUGGUUUCCCAGCUAAUAUCUUGCACCUUAAUGACAUCAACUGCACUGCAAUACUUCAAGAUGGCAGACUGGUCUUCCAGUUUGACAACGAUGGAAAUAAAUGUGGAACUAUUAUCACUAGCAAUGGCACACACCUCAUCUAUCAGAACACCAUUUAUGGGGAAACCAACCCACAUACCAAUAUAAUCAGCCGGGAAAGACGCCUGGUUCUGCAGUUCUACUGCGCGUAUCCAAUUGAAAAAUCCUUGUCCAUGCCGAUUGGUUUCCACCCCUUAGAAAGCGUGCUGGACAAGAUUCUGCCAGGCGGCAUUGGGGAGUACCGGGUUCAGAUGACUCCUUUUCUCGACGCUGACUUUGAGAAGCCAGUCACAGCUCCGUCUUUGAAUUUGCCCUUGAACCAGAGGCUUUUUGUGGGUGUGGAAGUGAUUGGAAUGGAUGAAAGGCAAAUCUCCACUGUGAUAGACUCUUGUUGGGCCACACCCGAUGCUGAUCAAUUCAACCCCAUCCGCUGGGACCUCAUCAGCCAUGAGUGUCCCAACCCUGAGGAUGGAACUGUAGUAAUUAACCAGAACGGGGUGUCCACCACCAGCAAAUUCUCUUUCAGUGUGUUUGCAUUCAAUAGCAAUUCCUCCAUGGUAUACCUGCACUGCCAGAUUCACUUGUGUAUAAAGACCCAGUGCAACUGUGCUACGCUUUGCUAUCCUAGAUACAAUGCUAGAAGGAGAAGAUCCAUAGAAGUACGGGACACUGCAUCCAUUUCCAUGCCAUUGGUAGUAUCUUUCACAAAUUCAGCUCCACAUUUUGCAAGCUCCCUGCUGCUACUUGCCCUUCCCACCCUGGUUGCUGCUACAGUGCGUUAAGGCCAUCUAACCCCAAACUAUGUGCUUUCCAUUAUAGUGAACUUGGUGUUUAGUUAUCAAUUCUUGUGUUUUACAGCUUUAAUCUCUACUUUUAUCUUUGACCUGUUAUACCAUAAUGAUUGAAUACCUUUCAUGUA